UCAACACGUCGCGCUGAAUAAUGUCUGGAGACACAUACCCCGUUAUGUAACCAUCCAAAAGAAUACAAGCAUGUUGCUGAUACAAGUCUGUUGCUGAUACAAGCAUGUUGCUGAUACAAGUCUGUUGCUGAUACAAGUCUGUUGCUGAUACAAGUCUGUUGCUGAUACAAGUCUGUUGCUGAUACAAGUCUGUUGCUGAUACAAGUCUGUUGCUGAUACAAGUCUGUUGCUGAUACAAGUCUGUUGCUGAUACAAGUCUGUUGCUGAUACAAGUCUGUUGCUGAUACAAGCAUGUUGCUGAUACAAGUCUGUUGCUGAUACAAGUCUGUUGCUGAUACAAGCAUGCUAGGAUAUGAAUAGUUUAAACAUGUAUGUUUUCGUAAGAUGUUGAAAACAAUGUAACAUUUGACACAGUCAUAACAAUUCAUGAAGAGUAUUUGACCAUAGCGGGGGAUAUUGAUGACGUAGUCUUCGUGGGUUUGUGUUGUUGUCUUGUUUGUUACUUAACUUCAGCAAUAUUCCAUCUAUAUGGCGGCGGUCUGUAAAUGAUUGAGGGUAAACAAUCCAGUGGUCAACAGCAUGAGCAUCGAUCUACGUAAUUUGGAUACGGUUACGCGUGUCAAGACGGUCAUAAAUGUAACAUAUGCUGCACAUUUUGUGAACAUGUAUAGAAUAUUAAAUAUGUUAUUACAGAAUGUUAGAUAAUGCGGAACGGACAUUCUCUGUGUCCUGGUGUAAAUAAUUACUGACAUCCAGUAGUUGUUCGGUACACCCCACACGGGAACAGCAGGGGUGUGGUGGACGUCCUCUUCCGCCUAUACAUAUACGACUGUGUUGGAAACCACAGUCAUUUCCAACAGUCUUUGAAGACAUCUACAUGAAACACAUACUUGAAUAUCACUCAAAGUGAUAUGACUGUGUUGAGGAUAACUCUCCCGACGAGGUACACUUCGUGGGGCUGACGUCCAUGUCACCGUAACAACACUGGGGAGACAGAAGGACUAUAAACGUCACUCAACUUUCUUCACGCUAUCAUUAACACACCAGUCAGACCGGUUGCAACUGCCGAGUGACAAACAGAGACAUGUCACAUUGACUUUGCAGGCUACAUUUCCUUGUGAUAAGCGUUCGACCCUUGCUCCAUAGAAACAGAGAGAAGACACGUGUAGCGGAUGCAAUGAAGGGUAGAUCGGUGUUUGUCGGGAUCCUGGCCUGUGUAGUGGUGGCGCUGGUCAUCAUGACUCACUACCGGAUGAACAUUCAUGAAGAUGGUGUUGUCACAUACACGGUAGCAGUGCCGGAUCAGGACGUCAACGACAACACGCCCCUCGGAGGACUUCGUCGACAAGGGCAGAUCAUCCUGCCGAGUAAAGAUGCUAUGGAUAACAUGUCGGCAGCCGCAGCCCAUCUCACUUACCACAGUUACCUUGACAACAUAGAUACAAAGUGCUCCCGGAAGCUGCGAAUGGGAAAUCUGGGAGAUGGAGGCUGGGAAAUAUGUGACGACAGAGGUUAUCGUCCAGUAAAGCCUUGCAUUGUGUAUUCGUUUGGUAUGAAGACAAAGAGCUACCAGAGAUCAGCACGUGUUCGCUUCCUUAAUAUUGGAAUAGAUGGAGAGAACAGACUGAAUGAACAGAACUGGGAGAUGCACACCCUGGGUAGAUUGAAGGAUAUGCUCAAUCACACGGAGAAAGUCAUCGAUGUUCUUAAAAUGGACAUUGAACGAUCUGAAUGGUCAUCACUGCCGGAAAUGUUGGCGUCCCAGAGUCUGUCCUCGGUCCGGCAGUUGCUUGUAGAGUACCAUGACCAGUGUACAGACCGAGACCAGUGCAUACGGAGGUUGAAGGUGUUAAAAGAUGUGCAUGAUUUAGGAUUCAGGAAAUUUUAUGUCCACAAAAAUCCUGUAUGCCAAAUUAAAUCGACUUUAUUUCCUGUAGUCCGCACACAAUGUUAUGAAGUUCACUACAUAAAUACACGUUUAGAAGUGCAGUGACAUUCUGGAUUGUGAACAGGCAUUAUAUGAUUAUCUAAAAAGUGUUUGGUUGCCGUCAUGUACGAUCAGCUCCAGAUUAUUAAAGAGUAGGUUUUGUU